AUGGCAAGGUCGAAAUGGAUAUCAUUUAAGGCUCAGGAGCAACUUGAACGCGCAGCGAAGGCUGCGGCCACCACUGCGCCUCCGGCACUUCCACAAUCAUCAGCGGAUGCGAAGAAGUUCGGGCUCGAGAAUUUCGGUAACAUCUGUUACGCCAACUCGGUCCUCCAAGCCUUAUACUUCUGCACCCCAUUCCGAGAUCUGCUCCUGCAAGAUGUGGAUUCUGCGUCCCAGCUUCCUGCACAAGAAAGCUCUCCGGUUAUUCCCCCGACUCUGAGUAAGCCAGCGCCGCCCCUCGUACCCGUGAGACGGAAACCAGAACGCAAGCCCUCGACAUCUGCAGUCGCUCCCUCCCAGAAUGCAGGCCAUCCUAUACCUGCAUCACCUCCCACACUCUACUCCGCCCUCCAGUCUUUGUUUCUGCACAUCUCGACAAAUCCUGGUGACAAAGGAACAGUAUCACCGCGCGUCUUCAUUGAGAAGUUGAAGGAAUUGAACGAGCAUUUUCGCCCGACGACGCAUCAGGAUGCGCACGAAUUCUUGAACUACCUGCUAAACCAGGUGGUAGAGGAGAUAGAGACUGAGAGGAGGCAGACGCAGAAUGGGGUCAAUGGGGAAGAUCUGUCAAGCUCUAUAGCCACUCUGGGGUCAAAAACACCACCGACAGUUCUGACUGCGACGACGAGUUCAAACUCAGGCACUCAUCCGCAGGAUGCCACGCUUGUGCACAAGCUAUUUGAAGGGGUGUUGACUAGCGAGACACGCUGUUUAACCUGCGAGACUGUAUCUUCUCGAGACGAAUCCUUCCUGGACCUUUCCAUUGACAUUGAACAAAACUCGAGUGUAACUGCUUGCCUCCGACAAUUCAGUGCGAGCGAAAUGCUCUGUCAGAAGAACAAAUUCUUCUGUGAUUCAUGUUAUGACUUGCAGGAAGCGGAGAAAAGAAUGAAAAUCAAGAAGUUGCCCAAUGUGUUGGCUCUCCAUCUGAAGCGGUUCAAGAUCCAAGAAGAAGAUGGAAGAUACAUCAAGCUUGCUUAUCGAGUUGCUUUCCCUUUCGAACUUCGACUAUUUAAUACUGUAGACGACCUGGACGACGCGGAUCGCCUGUAUAAUCUGUUCGCUAUUGUAGUUCAUAUCGGAAACGGGCCUCAUCAUGGACAUUAUAUCUCUAUAAUCAAAACCGCCGGAACCUGGCUUGUAUUCGACGACGACAACGUAUAUCCCAUACCGGAAGGCGACAUACCCAAAUAUUUUGGCGACCCCAACUCUGGCCAACGGGAUGUAAAUGGCUCUGCAUAUGUACUGUACUAUCAAGCUGUAGACAUUGAUCAUGCCGCCCUUGGACUUCGCUUACCUCCUCCACCACAAGCAACACCAGAAGCUUUGACAAAUUCGAUACCUCCUCUUCAACGAUCCCCCGCACUCUCUCAUCAAGUUCCCAAUCUACCUCCAGGCCUCAAUAUACUUCCCCCCUCCAAUGGCGAUGCUGACCACUCCGUUCUUCCCCCACCACAAUUGCCACCCUCUAAUCCAUCUUCAAUCUCCUCUCCCUCCAUAUCACCACCUCCACCACCAGAAGUCUCCUCUCCGCUCCCUCCAGUACCUCCUCCCACUUCCACAACACCUGUAACUCCUAGUUUUGGGAGACAGAUAUUCAAUACUAUUCGACGAGCACCUUCAAUGACAGCGUCAAGGAGUGUGUCGGGUAGUGGGAGCGAUCAUCGAAAAUCUGCGACGGAAAAGUCACCACGACCUUCAACGUCGACGCCUUCUUUCGUUGCCACGAUCGAGAGCAACGAGGAAAUUCCUCCGCUACCUCCUAUGCCACUCUUGCCACUACAGACAAACCUUCCACACCAGCCCCAGCAACAUUCGCCAGUGGUCACGACUCCAAUAGCUGUUCCCCAGGUCAACGAACCAGCGAAGGAGGAGAAAGAGAAGACCAAAUCAUCGGGUAACUGGUUUACCAAGAAGCGGAAGAGUCUGAAAAUAGGGGACAAGUCCCGACCAGACAGUCCUGCGGCGGAACUGCCUCCGUCGCCCUUCUUGCAUGGAGACGAAUUCCAGCAGUCCAGCUCCAAGUCAUCGACAUCGUCGAAUGUCCAUGCACUGAAACCACUGCGACGGCCGUCGGAAAAUGGGGCUGCAGAGGUCAUUGGCCUACAUCCAGAUUCAAGAUGGAUGAAUUCAUCCUCGCCUUCUGGAAAGGAGCGUAAUCGUCGAUCGAAUGGGUUUGACGGUACACACUCUCAGGGCUCGCGCUCCUCAUCACCCAGCUCGACGUCCUUGUCGACGCAUGCGCAAGGCCUGUCUACAAGACCAGCAGCCCAACCGUCCACCUCGCUGUCAUCCAAUGGUUCUGGCCCAAAGCUGGAAUUCCCGCCACCACGCAAGGCAUCGCUAGUGCCAUCGUCUGCUGACUGGAAGCGCACCAGUGUCGACCGCAAGAGAAGCUUGGACCUCAAGGCGAGGUCGACGAUGCCAGCUGGAGUCACACCUCCAUUGGCCUCGUUCAACAAAGACGCGGACCUACCGCCGUUACCUCCUACGCAUAAACACUCGCAAAGACCAAGCAUAAGCAAUGGGCAUUUCUUCGUGAGCGAGCCGGAAAGUAUAUUGAAGGGGAAGUCACGGUCAACGGAAAACGAUACUCCCUCCCCUCUUCAAGCGUCUCCGCUCAGACAAGCGUCUUCUCCACCAGUUUCGCUAGCAGCAUCAAUAGGCGCGAAUACCAGCUCGGGAAGUGCCACAUCAGGAAGCUCCAACCUCAAACGGGCUACGCGCAAACUGAGCCUAACGGCGCCUAUCCUAGGCUUUGGCAAAAACAAGGACCGGGAGAAGGAAAGGGCACGGGAGCGAGAAAAAGACAGGGUUUCGCCAAGCGCAUUCAAUCACAGGUUCUAA